GACUAAAUUUUGUAGAAGGAGUGCAAAGGCAAAUUGAGUUAUUGCGCACUUCACUGACUAGGUGUUUCCUAACGAAAAUAUGCAGAUGAGGCUAGAACGCGCCAAUAGGAUCUCGCUAGCGCGUGCUUGGCUUUGCCCACUAGGACUCGUUUCCAAUGGGAAAUGAGAGGCUGUGGUCUAUCUUGGUUUAGUUAUAUGAAUCUUUGGUUUAGUUAUAGAAAUCUUUGGAAGAAGAAGAAGAAAAAGAGGACGAUUGUACGUCAUCAACACGCGUCUCGCAAGCGGGAGUUUGAGAAGCGGAAGAAGUUUCUAGCGGUCUUUACUCAGAGCCGUGAUGUCUCAGAGAAAGAGAGCAUCCAACACACAGAGCUCCCAGAACAAAGGAGUACGGACCCAGCGUUGGGAGGCGGUGCUAGGUGAUGAUGAGGAUGACCCGUCCUUCACCCAGCCCAGUACGUCGCAGGUACAGAAGGGUCUGGACAGACUGACACCUGCUCAGGUCGACCUGAAGACAGCUGAGGUUGUCCAGUUCAUCUUCAUUAAGGACCAGAAAAAGUUCCCCAUCCGCAGAGCAGACAUCGUGAAACAUGUUGUGAAGGAGUACAGGAACAUCUACCCUGAGAUAAUAAAGAGGGUGGGACGUGUGUUUGAGACAGUGUUUGGUCUAAAGCUGGUGGAGAUCGACUCUAAGAACCACGUCUACAUCCUCAUCAACAAACUGGAGCAGCUAGAGGGAGAAUCUCUCAACAUGAAUCCCAGUAAUCCAAAGACAGGUCUACUCUUCGUAAUCCUCAGCAUCGUCUUCAUGAAGGGGGGUGUGGUCAAGGAGAGUAUGGUGUGGAACACACUGAAGAAGCUGAGAGUUGAUCAAGGGGAGAGACACGAGAUGUUUGGAGACGUGAAGAAGCUCGUUACUGAUGAGUUUGUCCGUCAGAGGUGA